UCGGGGGCGCGCUCGCCCUUCCGGCCAGUUCUUCCGUUAGCUGGCAGGUCCGGUGUUUAGCAGAGCGAGGGGUUCAGCCGGUUCACGUGCCAGGUCCACCCGGCGCCGGCUUCCUCGCCGCACCCCUUCCCCCGCAUCGCGGGCAUCCGCGCCUCGCCGAGGCCGCCCAGGUGUCUGCGCGGGCUUCCAGAGCCCGGGUCCAGCCAUUCGCCGCCGAGACCUGAGCCUCUUUUCUGCCCUAAGGAACUUGUCCCGACAGCCUCUCGCUCCCGUUCCUGAGGAUCUUGCUUGUCCGAACCCAGAAGACAGUGCACGAAGCCGGGGGAGAUCGCCAUGCUCCAAACAACUUGGCCUCAGAGACUGAGCAGAAACCUGUGGUUUCAGGAGUCAGUGGCCUUUGAGGACGUGGCUGUGUACUUCACCCAGAACCAAUGGGCCAGCCUCGACCCUGCGCAGAGGGCUCUGUACAGGGAGGUGAUGCUGGAGAAUUAUGCCAAUGUGGCUUCCCUGGUCGCGUUUCCAUUCCCCAAACCUGCUCUGAUCUCCCACCUGGAGAACGGGGAAGCACCAUGGGGACCGGAUCCCUGGGAUGCCGAGAUUCCGAGUGGCAUCAGUCAGGGUGAUGAGUCCUGCAUCAAAAAUGAAGGGCCAGUUAUAAAGCAGGAAGCCUCUGAAGAAACAGAGUUGCACAGAAUGCCAGUGGGAGGACUUCUCAGGAACGUUUCUCAGCACUUUGAUUUUAAAAGUAAAGCCAUGAAGCAGACUUUCAGUCUAAAUCCAAAUCUGAUACUUCGAGGUGGAAUGAAGUUCUAUGAAUGUAAAGAGUGUGGGAAAAUCUUCCGAUACAACUCAAAGCUUAUUCGGCAUCAGAUGAGUCAUACUGGGGAAAAGCCCUUUAAGUGUAAGGAAUGUGGCAAACCUUUCAAGUCCAUCUACGUCUGUAUUGAACAUGAGAAAAACCACAUUGGAGAAAGGCGCUUUGAAUGUAAGGAGUGCGGCAAAGGUUUGAGUUCCAGCAGAGUCUUGACUCAGCAUCAGAGGAUCCACACUGGAGAGAAACCCUAUGAAUGUAAAGAGUGUGGAAAGGCCUUCAGGAGGAGAGGGGCGUACCUUCAGCAUCAGAGAUUACACACGGGGGAGAAACUCUAUAAAUGUAAGGAAUGCUGGAAAGAUUUUGUUUGCAGGUCACUUUUUAUUGUCCAUCAGAGAAUUCAUACUGGGGAGAAACCUUACCAAUGUAAGGAGUGUGGCAAAGCCUUCACUCAGAAAAAAGGCUUCAUUCAGCAUCAGAGAGUGCACACUGGGGAGAAGCCUUAUGAAUGUAAGGUGUGUGGGAAAGCCUUAAAAUUGUAUAGGAGUUUUGUUCAGCAUCAGAAAUUGCACCUGAGAAAUUGCAGAGAAAUUGCAGAGAAGAAGCCGGUCAAGGUUCUCAGGCCAUCCCUGGUCGGGCCCCAGUGCCCCUCUUCGGCCUUACUCCCUGCUCUUCUCCAGGGCUCCCACGCUGCUCCAGCCGUGGCUGUGCCUUCGCUGACCUUCCCACAUGCUGUGCUCCUUCCUCCCUCUGGGAAUUUGUUCAUGCUGCUGCCUACAUCUGGAAUACCUUCUUCAUCUGCCCAGAUAGUACGUGUCUUCCCGGGUCUCACUCCCACUGUGAAACCCCCCCCAGUUGUUCUCACCCCUUCUUCUCACUCCUUAUGAGCUUUACCUUGGCAGCCUUAUGGCUCUUAGCCUAGCAAAUCUCCAUCCUAAUUUUAUUUUGUUUUUGAGACAGGCUCUCGCUCUG